CUGGAAGUAAACAAACGCUCGGUCGAGGCUCGCCUUAGGUUGCGUGCGGCUUCAGUCUUAUGACAAACGCAGGCAUGGAGAAAGAUAGACAUCUGAGUCCUUUUGUUUACUGGGCACAGACUGACACCGCUGUUACUUUACGCGUUGAGCUAAGAAAUGUGCAGUCCCCUGAUGUGGACCUCCAGGAACAGACACUGUCAUUUUCUGCUGUUGCCAAUGGAGCGCAAGGUGAAAAUAAGUAUGGAUUCAACCUGAAGCUCCUCAAACCCAUUGAUACAGAGAAAAGCAAAUACAGAAUCUUAGACAGAAAUGUUGAAUUCAGCCUCAUGAAGUCAGAGAUUGAAUUCUGGCCAAGGCUUUUAGAAGAUGCAAAGAAACCAGCUUGGCUGAAAAUUGACUUUGACAAAUGGACUCACGAAGAGGACUUAUCUGAUGAAGCCAGAGACAUCAUGGAGGAUUAUCCUGAUCUUUAUAACAGGGUCCAAGCUGAGGAAAUGGGAUGGCCGACAAAGAGAGAGAGUAUGAAGAAAGUAUAUCUUUUCCUGUACAACUUGUGGCAGUUUAUAGGAUUCAUAUACAUUGUGGUUGUCAUGGGAACCAGAUACCUAAGAGAUGGUCCUGCAUCAAUGGAAGGAACUCACUUGAAUGUUGGCUGGAUGCUGCGGCUAUGCUUCAUAACACAAUUUCUGGAAAUCUUCCACCCAAUGGUUGGCUACACAAAGGGAUCAGUGUUUGAAGCUGUUGUCCAGGUUGGUGGAAGAGGAAUUAUCUUGUUUUGUCUGAUCGAAGGAGAAGAGAGAAUGCAGACCAAACCAGUGAUAUUUUACCUGUAUCUUGUUUGGUCACUAAUAGAACUUGUAAGGUAUCCUUACUACAUGCUGAGGGUCUAUGAUGUUGAGAUAAGCUUCCUGACUUGGCUGCGAUACACCAUCUGGAUCCCACUUUACCCUCUUGGCUUUAUUUGUGAAGGAGUUGUAGUUCUCAGGGAUAUCCCAUACUUUGAAGAGACAAAGAAGUUCUCUGUCGCACUGCCUAACAAGUGGAACUUCAGUUUCUAUUUCCCAAACCUUCUCAGAUGUUAUCUCCUCUUCUUCCUGUUUCCUGUGAUGUACAAGAUGAUGACCCACAUGUACCAUCAGCGUGUUAGGAAGUUGGCUCCUCCAAGCUGGAAGAAAAAGUUUGAAUAGCACAAUAUAACACAUAUGGUAAAGGUGUUGUAAUGGUAACAUUGUAUUUCAAGUCUGGAUAUGUUUUGGAUUAUAAAGAAAAAUAGGAAAGAAGAUGAUUCAUGUUCUAAAUAUAUAUCAUAAAUUUGUAGGACCACUUUCCUGUCUAACUCACUGGUACAUAUUACAAGAGAAAAGAUCAAAGUCGAUGUAUUACAGUUGCAUAGGAGAAUCCCACAUACAUAUAAAGCAUGUAUGUGUAUGUAUCCUUGAUUUCAUAAAAUCAUGUAUCAGUUAGUAAUGCUCUGUAUAUGAAUUCAAAUGAUGAGAUUACUUUUAUUUUUCAGUAUAAAGGGGGGAGGGGGGAGUUUCUUUUAAGUCAGAUUUCUGUGUGAAAAUAGGGUGAAUGACCUGUGCAGUUCUUAUUUCAUGACAGGUCUUCAUAGAUUCUUUCUGAAACAGGAAGCAAUAACUUUUGGAAGAAUGAACACAUUGAUAAUCAUAUCAAAUAAUAAAGGUGAGAGGAGUUAGUGGCUUGACAAGUGUACUAUACUUUAACAGUUUCAGAAAGUACCCAAAAGUAUAGUUUAUAUUUUUUUCCCCUAACAUAUAUCCUUGUAACUAAUUU